AUGGGCCGCGGGUUUUACGGUGGUUCUCGUGGAAGUCGGGGCGGGUUUAGAGGAGGUCGAGGAACAGGCAGUCGGAGUUUUGAACAAGAACCGUUGGAAGCUAUUGAAUUAGUUGGGGAGGUGUCUCAUACGUGCCAAAGAGAUCUUGUAUGCAAAUUGCUGAAUGAAGGAGUGCCUUUUUUUAACGCUCCUAUAUAUCUGGAAAACAAGCAAGAAAUAGGGAAAGUUGAGGAGAUAUUUGGACCUAUUAAGAAAAGCUUAUUUUCGGUCAAAUUAUCUGAUAAUCUCAACACUGAAUCUUUCAAAGAAGGUCAAAAGAUGUAUAUUAACAAAUUCAAGCUACUCACAAUGGAACGAAUUAUGAGCUUCAACGCACCUAAAGGUUAG